AUGUCGAGCAUACCAAAACCGCCCGGAAAUGGUGGCUUUCCGCAGGCGUACGGCCAGCAACCAUACCAGCAUGUCCAGCAAUUCAGUCAGUUUGCUCAGCCAACCGCAGCUGCUCCUAAUAAUGUGUAAGUGAUUUUUUUAUGUUCGAAAUGUAUAAAAUGAAUAUGCAGCUUCAGAAACUCCAAUUAUGCGGCAGCUCGAAUUCCUUUCCCGGCGGCCACAACUUCGCAUGACCCAGUAAGAAAUUUUAUGGAAUUAUUGUUUGAGAAAAACUUCAAUUUUUUCAGGUUCAUGUAGCUCCUGCCCAAAUUCCAAAUGGCGGACCGAACUAUCAAUAUAAUCACGCGCAUCCCGGUUUUCAAGCCCCGCCUUCUGCCUUUUCGGCUCCUUCCGGGUUUCCUCAACAACCACCUUCCUUCUCACCCGCUCCUCAACCGGUUAUGAACGGACACCCUGCUCCGCCACCCUCGAUGAUCAAUUCAGUCGCAAACGUGAGAUUUUAAGAGAGGAGUUACUGAAAUCAUUUCGGUUUUUCAGCAUCUGCCACCGAGUGCACCGUCGUUUCCGGGAACGACCGCUCCGACAUCUCAACAGUCUCCAAUUCCUUCAGUGCUGGCUUCCGCACGUCCGGCACCAUUUCCAGCCGCCCUGCCGGCUCCGGCGCCGUCCUAUCAACAGCAGAUGACUCCACACCCUCACGCGCCGCCACAUGCUGGAUUUCCUCCGGCACAGCAGCCUCAACCAGCCUAUCAGCCGCAACCGUCCUUUCAGCAACAACAACCGCCACAGCAGGUGCAGUAUGGACAACCGCAGAUGCCGCAGGCGCAAAUGCAACAGAUGAACCAGCAGUUCGGACAGAUGGUCAGUACUUUUUCUAAAUGUCGGGUGCAAAGCGUGCACUGCAAGCCAGAAAUUGCAACAGAAAAUGGAAAGUAAUUCAUUUGUCAUUUCAGAACAUGGGUGGAGCUCCCGGUGGCCAGCCACAGGGAUUCCGGAAUGAUAUCAUCGAUCUCCUUACGCAGAGAGACGUUCAACAACUAGGAUUCGAGGACAUUGAAGUGCAAAUUCCGCAGCAAGUGGCCAAUCCGUCCGCUCACGUCGAUCCGAAGUGGGAACCUAAUGCUUAAUUUUUAUUUUUCUCCGUUUGCAUUCAGCAUAUUCCGCUCUACGCUUGCUCAAGUUCCUCAAACUGAAGAUCUUUUAAAGAAAAGUCGUCUUCCGUUCGCCAUCACUCUUCACCCGUUCCGAGAUGUUAAGAACCUGAACAUUAUUCAAACUUCAAAUAUUGUUCGUUGCCGAUACUGUCGCACGUACAUCAAUCCGUACGUUUACUUGCCUGAUCAUCGUCACUGGAAGUGCAAUCUCUGCAACAGAAAUAAUGAUUGUGAGUUGUUGCCUGUGCGUUCUCCUUCCAAUUCUUCCUAUUUUUCAGUGCCCGAUGAUUUCUGCUGGGAUCCAGUGACAAAAGCGUUCGGAGAUCCGCGCAACCGUCCGGAGAUUCAAAACGCCACUGUCGAGUUCAUAGCACCGGCCGAAUACAUGGUAAGACCCUCCUUUUCCUGCUUUUUUCUCAUCAUAUCAGCGUAAAAUUCAGCUCCGCCCACCUCAACCUGCUGUGUACGUCUUCAUCCUGGACAUCAGUGCCGCCGCCAUCCAAUCCGGAUACUUGCAUACAUUCUCCGAGCAACUCAUCAUCAAUCUCGAUCAAAUGCCGGGCGACGAUCGGGCCCAAGUGUGCUUCAUCGCGGUCGAUCAAUGCCUUCACUUCUUCUCGUUUUCCAACAACAAACGGUACCCAAGUGAACUGAUCGUGGACGACAUCGACGACGCGUUCCUUCCAUCCGUCACCUCUCUUUUGGUCCCUCUCAAAACCUUCAAAGAUAUCAUUCGGACGUUCAUCAAGCAAUUGCCAGAGUUGUACUCGCAAAUCGAACCCACCUCGAAUGGAAACUGUCUCGGAUCUGCACUGAAGUUGGUGCAAUCCAUGAUUCAAGAGAUCGGAGGAAGAAUAUCGAUUUUCCAAGUCAACUUACCCAAUUUGGGACUUGGAGCAUUGAAAAGCAGAGAAGAGGCGACGGAAGGAGGCCAGAAUCUUGGACCUGCCACGGACUUUUACAAGGCUUUGUCUCUCGAGUGCACCGGUACUCAGAUCUGUCUUGACUUGUUCAUGUUCAAUACUCAGUAUGCCGAUUUGGCAACUCUUUGUAAGUGAUUAACCUGCCGUUCUUUGUAAUCUUAAAGUUUUCAGCGGAAGUUGCCAAGUUUUCGACAGGAUGCGUCUAUCAUUUCCCCAACUACAAUGCUCGAAACGACAUACAUCAAGUGAAAAGAUUCGAGAAAGUACUCACGAGAUAUUUGACCAGAAAGCUCGGAUUUGAAGCAGUUCUUCGCAUACGGACGUCCCGAGGACUCGCUCUCACCGGAUUCUACGGAAAUUUCUUUGUCCGCUCUCCGGAUCUUCUCGCACUUGCCAACGUGAACCCAGAUUCUGCUCUCGCUGCUCAAGUGACAAUCGAGGAGAAAUUGCCGGGAUACGUGUGCUUCCAGUCGGCUCUUCUUUACACGUCCAGCAAAGGAGACCGUCGCAUACGGGUGCACACGAUGUGUUUGCCGACGACUGGGGACCUGCUGCAGCUGUACAAUAACUUCGAUCUGAAGGCGACAGUCUCGUACCUCGCAAAGAUUGGAGUGGAACGAUCAAUGACUGGAAGCGCCCUCACUGAUUCGCGCGAGGCACUCGUCAACGCAGUGAUCGACAGCGUCGGAUCGUACCAGAAAGCCGUCUCGAGAGGGAGCGGCAUGCUCGUUCCUCGCAGUGGACAUCUCCGAUUGUUUGCGAGCUACGUACUCGCCUUGCUUAAACACGUGAGACUCUUUGAGUUAACUCAUGUUAACCUGACUAUUUCAGCCUGCGUUCGCCUCAACUCGUGGCAUUCGUCUCGACGAACGCACUGGCGCUAUGCUGAUGCUCCGGUUUAGUCCGUUGGAGCAGAUCCUGGCAGACAUUUAUCCUCGUCUUUAUCGGCUUAAUGAACUGGCGACGAUGCCCGAAGAUCAGGAUCCGAUCACACUGCCGCUCUCAUUCGAACAUAUUUCUCGUGACGGUGUCUACAUGAUGAUUACGGGAACGAUCGCAUUUGUCUACAUUUCGUCAGCCGCCGAUCCGGCAUUCCUUGUAAAUGUCUUCGGAACAUCUAUUUACAACGAUAUUGAUGAGGUGAGCGGAAGCUGAAGCACUUCUUCACGAACAGUAUCUUUCAGUAUUCGCUUUUGGAACGAGACAACGAUGUCUCAAGAAGGGUGCACGCAUUCUUCAAGAAAGUCACUCAGUUCCGUUUUUACCUAGGGCCAAUUAUCACAAUCAAGUAGGUUCUUCCUCAACUAUCCCCCUCAUUUUGUCGUUUUGCAGAGAGCACUCUCCUCUCCGCGACGUGUUCGUUCGGCGGCUCGUCGAUGAUCGAUCCGAAUCGACGCAUUCGUACGUCGAGUUCUUGCAGCAUUUGAAGCGAGAGAUCAGUGGCAACUAG